CUCCGCCGCAGUGAGAACGCUUCAUCCGCGCCUCCCCGCCUCCCGAGACGUUGUCCGCGGGGGUCGUCGCGUCGCGUCAUGGAGAGAUGGAGGCUUCGCUUCCACCUGACUCACCUUCGCGUGUUACGAGGUCCGAACGUGCAGCGCGUGGCGUCUUGCAGCAGGCCAUCUUCACGCGGACGGUGCAAAACCGGUCCUUGUUACGUUCCGAGGAGCUCUCCUUGGCAUUCAAGCCGUGGCCGUUGGCGAUGGCCACUGCCUCGAAUCGAUAGCGGCGAUGGCAUCGAAGUGCCACAACUGGCGCUCGACUCACAACGCUCGCCACUGGGCCCGGAGUUGGUGCAAAGUCUCCGACGAGGUGUCCAAUGGGAACAAGCCUUAUGGCUGGCGCGUGGCUGGCCGAGGGGCACGACGGAGACCUGGUUUGCCGCCGCAGGCAAUUGCGCCAUUGCCCGUGCAUGGCAGCAGGCCUUCUAUGGGCUUGGCAGAUUGAGGCAUCAUGGUCUUCAACUCUCCACCGAUGCGCUCCGACAAGCGUUCGUCUUGCAGCGCCCGCUCAACCCUUGGAAAGGCUCCUUAAAGCUUCUGCGAAUGAUCAGGAGGGCUUUCCUUCGGCCCAGCAUCAUCGAGUUCAACAAGAUCUUCCUCUCCUGUGCUCGGUUUUCCUGGUCCUACACUCUUUACUUCCUGAGCCUUCAAAGAACUGAGGCCUGUGAAGUCGAUGAUGCCUCCCUGUCCACAGCUCUCUCCGCCUUUUGUUUGAAGUUCCGGCCCUGGCAGUACGCCUGCGAGAUGCUCCGCAGCUUCCAAGCUAAUGCGAGGUGUUCAAACCUGGGGCUGCGAACCCUCAACAGCGCCUUGGGCGUUUUCGCCAAGCGCCCUCUGCUGUGGAAGAAGGCCAUGCAAAUGGCCAUGGCCUUCGAGCGCUCGCCCUAUGUCCCCGAUGCACCCGCACGUCAAGCCAUUCGCGUGGCCCGUGCGCGGCGAACGGCAGCCUUUCGAAGACUUUGCCGCAUCACAGCGUCCUGGCAGGAGGCGAUCUCGACACUGGAGCGACUUCGCUUGGGAAGCUCAGAGACUCCAAGUCACACAGGUAUGCACCGUAUGCACUGGCCAAACAAAAGGUUGCGCUCCUUGAAAUUCCAACACAAACUCUUGCCACCCUUUGGUCUGGUAACUCUCUUUCAGGGUUACAUCCUACACUGGGAGAUCGUGUGACCGUGGUGGGUGGUUCAUUGACCGUGCCACACCUGCCACCAACCAAUUGGACUUGGUAAAUCACAAAAGGUAGCCUCAGGCUACCUGAGUUCUCCUUGCUUUAGCAAAAAUGUAUUACAAUAUAUUACAAUCAGGACUUGGUGUUGUGCCUAGAGUUUGGUCCUGUAAGAAGUGAUUCUGUUCGACUGGGAGGGUGGCCUCCCCCCUGGAUCAUUCCCCCCUGUGCCGUCGCUGUUUAGGUCACAUCCAUCCACCUUUGACGCCGUCGUGGACUUCUACAGUACCAGGGUUACUUGUGAUUGCCUGCUACCUUUCGUUCACCUCCUCCUCCCUCAAGUUCAAUUCCGCAGCUUACCCUAGCAGCGUUUUUAUUGUCACAUGCUUAAUAAAGCAUAGUAACAUAAUACCUUUUGUAGUACCUUUUGUGUGCCCGGCCCCAAUGUUUUUAUCCCUGCGAUUGGGCCGAACCCCUGGGCCGAAUUCGGGGUUUACUGGAAAAUGGUUAAAACCACCGGUUUUCCUUCUCUUCCAUGUGAGUUUGCGGGGGGUGUAUACCGGCCAGGAAGCCCCCUCAAUGUAUAUGCCAGUCCCGUGGAGUGUGGCUGUGGAUCAAAAACCACGGUUGGCUUCUGCAUGUUUAAAUUCCGUGUCCAUUCUGCGCAUUUGCUGGUCAACCCAGGCAUAUGGGUUUGGACCCACAGCCAUAUACCUGUGACCAUUCAUGCGACUGACCUAUUCAUACCUAGAUUGGGGUAGUUGGUUUCAGGGGUCAAUAGGGUGGCAUAUAUUCCAGUUCCCUGGAUGUGAGUCUGGGUACACUUGCGCACAACCAAGAGAUGUCAACAUCCCCAUUCAGCAUUUCAACGAUGCACCUUGUUUUGUUUCUCUGAAUUGCCUCAAGUCUGUCUUUCUGUUUGGGGUGCAGUAUAAUUUUCUCAAGUGACC